CUGCCGAAAGGGAAAGUUGUUGGUUACGCAUCCUAGAAAAAGUGUUACAAAAACGAGCGACGGUAAACCGAAAUAAAAAAAUAAAAAAAAACAACGUGAAGCGCAAUGCGAGAAUAAAAGAAAACGAAAAAAAAAACGCAACGGAAACCGCUAAGAAAACAAACAUUAAAAUAAAAUAGAAAACGGCAUCACGAAUCGUUUAGAAGUCACGUUGUGUUGUUGCACACAGAACAACAAACGUUUAGAGUACAAAACCCAAACCAAAAACACUACAAACGUCACAAAACGUAAUUACUUAAAAUAGAAAAAAAAAACGAGCAAAACUUUAAUUAAAUGUGACCUUUUAUAGAAAUAAUUAACAAACAACCAAAAAUACAACAAUAAAACCAAAGAUCCUAAAGCUGCCAUUAAAGUGCUUAGAAACGCUUAAAAUGCUAAGACCGUCUAUGAUAAAAACGCUUAAAUACUUAACAUUGCUAAUUGCCGUACUUCAGAUUCAAAUACAGCCAAAUUGCGCCAAAACAAUCAACGAAAUCAAGCGACAACUUAACAGACGUGACCUCAAAUACAGCGACAGAGGUUUAGCAUUCCAGUGGAAUGUUGAUAAAACUCAGCCAAGUUCCCAACCUCAGCGACAUGACAUUUCAACAACGUUUACAUCAAACCACGAACAUAACAGAGGUGUGUUGAAAUUCAAACACCAUGGGAGAGGUUCCCGCAAACGACGCAGCGUCUUUCACGUACGCUGGAAUCCCAAUGAACGUUUCAUCGUCGAAUCGAAUGAAAAUCCAGCCAUCAAUUCUUCCAAACUUGCACCUCAUCCCCGCUUGAAGGUGUCCAAGACGACAAAACUGAAUUUAAAUGCCAAACAUUAUCUCUGCCACGACAAACUAUCGCCGGUGUGUGCGAAUAAAACGCAGGCCUUCAAGGAGCGAGUUUUGAAAAUCUUCGAAAAGUCAUUAAUGGAGUCGGUCAACGAAUCGAAUUUCUAUAAUGUAGAUUUUAAACCUGUCUUCGGGGAUAGUUUUGAGGAGCAAUACUAUCCCUCGACGUGUCUGGUUAUGGAGGCUGGUGUAAGGGUUCUAAAGCGCAAAGAUCCGCCGUUUAAUAAGUUGCAGUUUGGAAAAUUGUUUCCCAAGCAGAAAUUGUUUCGACAGAAGAAGAACAUUAAGACGUGUGCCAUUGUGUCGAGUGCCGGAUCGAUGGCCGGUUCGAAGUUGGGCAGAUUUAUUGAUAGUCAUGACAUCGUAAUGAGAUUUAAUCACGCUCCGACGCGGGGAUUCGAAGUCGAUGUGGGCAGUAAAACGACAAUACGUGUGGUGAAUUCGCAAGUUGUCACAAAGCCUGAAUUCGAUUUCGCCCAUGCACCCAUUUUUCAAAAUGUCACCAUCGCCGCUUGGGAUCCCGGCAAAUAUAAUGGCACCCUGGAAGAUUGGCUGACCACAUCGGAUUAUGACUUAUUCACCAAUUAUGAAAUCUAUAGGCGUCGUUAUCCGAAAUCACGUGCCUUUCUCAUCGAUCCGCAUUCGAUUUGGCGUCUGUGGCAAAGUUUGCAAAUGUUUGCCGGCAACAGGCCGUUGAGGAAAAAUCCACCCAGUUCGGGAUUUAUAGGUUUGGCCCUUCUACUACCUCAUUGUCCAGUGGUGGAUUUCAUCGAAUAUAUGCCAUCGACACGUCUAAAUGGACGAUGCCAUUACUACAGCAAGGAGAUUAAUUCGGCCUGCACAUUUGGCUCCUGGCAUCCCCUCGCCGCUGAGAAAUUAAUGGCCUUGGAUAUGAAUGUGGCCGACGAUAUGUCCGUCUUUCAGUUUGGUAUCCUGCGAAUGCGACGACCAGAUAAAUUGUUAUGCGGCUUUAAUUUUCUUGGUUAUUGAGGGGGAGGCAGCAAAUGGAAACGAAGGAGGCGGAUCGAGCAUAUGCUUGGUGGGGGAAAAUCUGUGGAAAACAAACAAUAACAACAAAGCGCUGCAAUAACAUUUACACACAAAAACAAAAUAUCAUUGAAUUGGUGGAAUAAAAUUAAGUCAAUAUUCCUUCGAUGGGGAUACGGUUCGGUGAAAUACAAAAACAAAACAAGUAAAGCAAAUCAAAUUAGCAACAAUUGGAUGGAUGGAAACGUAAAAUAAAUAUUAAAAAAAAUCAAUGGAGAACCUCGAGAGA